AUGCCAGCUACGCUGUCGACGGCUACCACAACUUCCGCUACCUGUCUGAGUCCGCCUGGCGUCCGACCAGCGCGAGGAAACCUGACGGCGGUCCAGGGUCGUGUCGUCUACGAUACGCUGUUAGAGAGGUCGUCACAUGGAAAGCUUCCCGAAACCAAACGACUCGAGGCACGUUCGAGCUACGUCAAGCCGCUGCUCACCCAAGACAACACAAAGGCGCGCCGAUGUUUUUGGCAGAUGUUGCACGUCUCCGUCGUGACCCCACGACGAAUGCGUAUUUCGACGGGAAAGUUGGCGUGUACUAGUAGCCGUUUGCAGAAGUUGGCCCGGCAAAGCGCACAAGCAAGAACCGCGUCAGGGGACCUCCUGUGA